AGCUCAAUGACUUCUGUGUCACCAAGCCAGCAGCUCCCAUGCGAAUUCUACUGGUAUGGCGAUUGCAAAGAGACAUUCGACCUCCAUGACAUCGACGGCUGGGUAGAUCACGUUGCUGCCUACCACCUCAAUAUGAUACUACCAAGCAAAAGCUGUUGCUGGUUUUGCGAUAAGGUUGUAUUCCACGCCCAGCCUGUAACCCAGCAACAGUGCAGACUCCGUUUUACAGAUAGAAUGCAUCAUAUUGCAGAUCACUAUCGCCGAGGGGCAACUCUUGCUGAUGUUCGCCCUGAUUUUGACUUUCUCGACCAUCUCCGGAUAAACGAUUUAAUAUCUGGAGGAAGCUUCCAGCGUGCUAGACACUAUCACGAAACACCUCAACCAAAAAAUGGCAUCAAUUCUACACCCUUAAAUUCGAGACUAGAUCGAGGAGCGGUUAUAGAAGUAAGAUCUCGCCCGCCACGU